CUCCUUGUAUAUAAUUGAAAUAAUUCAUUUUCAUCUACUAAACUUUCAAUUUUUCCUUCUCCUUAUUCCCUACUACUACUACUCCCCCAAUUUCUUUGUCUAACCCAUCGAUUUCAAUUGAAAAUCCGAGAUAAAAUUCAACCAAUUAACUCUAGACAAAAUCAAAGUAUGAAGUGUAUAAUGUUAUUCAAAUUGAACACAUCUCUCCCAUGAUUUCAGGAACUUAAAUUCAUUUCAACAGUAAAAUUACAUUGAGACAUCAGCUUCAAAAAGGGCAAAAAAAAAAAAGAAAGAAAGAAAGAAAAAAGGGGAGGAAAAAAAGAAAACUUUGUAACCUUCUAACGAGUGACAACUUAGAAUAAUUAAGUGCGAAGACAGUGAAAUGAUAGGGUAUUUAAGUAAUUAUCCCACUAAUAAAAAAGGGAUAUUUAAGUGCCACUCAGCCAAAAAAAGAGAGAAUAUACCAAAAUCAGCACUAAAGUUACAAAUAGAAUCUGCGUCACAAAACGAGUGUUCUGUAGCUUGACUUGCUUGGAUCAUGGCGAUGGGCUCUGAAGAGCCGGAAUACGCGGAGAGACUCCUGCAAUUAGAAGGAGAGAACCCCCAUCUUCAGAAUGAAAGUAAAGGACCUUAUACAGGGGAUGGAUCAGUUGACCUUAGCGGGAAUCCCGUCUUGAAAAAUCAUACUGGCAACUGGAGAGCUUGCCCUUUUAUCCUAGGAACUGAAUGCUGUGAACGGUUAGCGUACUAUGGAAUAUCAAAAAACCUAGUCACUUAUCUUACUAAAGAGCUGCACCAAGGAAAUUUCUCUGCUGCAAGAAAUGUUACCACUUGGCAAGGCACUUGCUAUCUUACACCUCUCAUCGGAGCUUUUGUAGCAGAUUCAUACUGGGGAAGAUAUCGGACUGUUGCAGUUUUCUCUACAAUUUACUUCAUUGGAAUGCUUUCACUGACUCUCUCAGCAUCAAUCCCGGCUUUGAAGCCUCCUCACUGCAUAGACUUUCUUUGCCCAGAGCCAAGCACAUACCAGUCUGCUAUUUUUUUCUUCAGUCUUUAUCUGAUUGCACUUGGCACCGGUGGCAUCAAGCCUUGCGUCUCAUCUUUUGGAGCUGAUCAGUUUGAUGAUACCGACCCUAAGGAGCGAACAAGUAAAGGCUCUUUCUUCAAUUGGUUUUAUUUCAGCAUCAACAUCGGUGCUUUUACAUCUGGCACUUUUCUUGUAUGGAUACAAGACAAUCAAGGUUGGGGAUUAGGCUAUGGAAUUCCUACAUUUUUUAUGGCUUUAGCUGUCUGUUGUUUCUUUUCUGGCUCGAAAUUUUAUCGAUUUCAAAAACCAGGAGGAAGUCCUGUAAUGCGAAUUUGCCAGGUUGUUGUUGCCUCUAUUAAGAAAUGGAACUUGAAAGUACCAGAUGACAGCUCUCUCUUAUAUGAAUUAGAAGGUAGUAGAUCAGCAAUCCAAGGAAGUCGGAAGAUGGAGCAUUGUGCUAAGUUCAAGUUCCUCGACAAGGCUGCAAUGAUAUCAACCCUAGACACCAAAAGAGAGGACCUCGUCAAUCCAUGGAGUCUCUGCACAGUCACACAAGUCGAAGAACUCAAAAUACUAAUCCAAAUGUUCCCCAUUUGGGCCACCACCAUCAUUUUCUCUUCUGUAUAUUCCCAAAAUUCCUCCUUGUUCUUGGAACAAGGCAUGGUUCUCGACAAAAACAUCGGUUCUAUCUCCAUUCCCCCAGCCUCACUCUCAACCUUCGAUGUCAUCAGUGUCCUCAUCUGCAUCCCAAUCUAUGAUCGCCUCCUUAUUCCAACAGUAAGAAAAUUCACUGGCAGAGAAAGCGGUUUCACUGAUCUUCAAAGAAUCGGUAUUGGCCUUUUAAUUUCUAUACUUGCAAUGAUAUCAGCAUAUUUGGUAGAGAUCAAGCGUCUCCAAAUUGCAUAUUCUGAGGGGUUAGUUCAUCAGAAAGUCGCAGUGUCGAUGAGUAUUCUUUGGCAAAUUCCUCAGUAUUUUCUAGUAGGCGCAGCUGAGGUGUUUACUGUAAUUGGACAGUUGGAGUUUUUCUAUGAGCAGUCUCCUGAUGCCAUGAGAAGUAUAUGCAGUGCUCUUGCACUUGUGACGAGUUCUUUAGGGAGUUAUUCGAACUCGUUGAUUCUGACACUUGUGGCUUCGGUAACGACUAGAGGAGGAACUCCUGGAUGGAUUCCUGACAACUUGAAUGAAGGGCAUCUCGAUCGGUUCUUUUUGUUGAUUGCAGGUUUGAGUGGCUUGAAUCUUGUGAUGUUUGUUUGGUGCGCCUUGAGGUAUGAGAGCAAGAAGGCUUCUUAGAGUUUUGAUUGGAAAAUGGUGAUUUUGUGUAAAUAUUCGACCAGAAAUACAUUUCCAUGAUAAAAUUGUAAAUAAUCCAAACAACAUAUGUCACAAUUCAUUUUUGCAGCAUACCAAACAGUCCCUAGCCGUAUCGUCUUCCUCUGUUGGAUUUUGGG